AUGGGACACGAUUUCCAGGCUCUAGAGUUAGCUUCUUGGUUGACUUUGAAAUUUCCCAAAAUUGCCAUCUACGUGGACACCUUGAGGGAGUGCUAUGAAGCUUACGUCAUUUAUAACUUCAUGAUAUUCCUUAACAACUACCUAACAAUCAGAUUCCCCAACGUGAUGCUACACCUGGAAGCUAAAGAUCAGCAACAGCUUCUCUGUCCUCUGUGCUGCUGUCCACCCUGGGCUAUGGGAGAAAUACUGCUUUUUCGGUGCAAACUAGGAGUGUUGCAGUACACUGUGGUCAGACCGAUCACCACUGUGACGGCGUUGAUAUGUGAGAUUGUUGGUGUCUACGAUGAAGGGAACUUUAGUUUCUCCAAUGCUUGGACUUACUUGGUCAUAUUAAACAACCUGUCACAAUUGUUUGCCGUGUACUGCCUCUGGCUGUUUUACAAUGUUCUGAAAGAAGAGCUCAGCCCUAUAAAACCUGUUGGCAAAUUUCUUUGUGUCAAACUGGUAGUCUUUGUCUCAUUCUGGCAAGCAGUGCUUAUAGCUUUGUUGGUUAAGGUUGGUGUAAUUUCAGAAAAGAGCACGAGGGAAUGGCAAAGUGCCGAAGCUGUGGCCACAGGCCUGCAGGAUUUCCUAGUCUGUAUUGAGAUGUUCUUUGCGGCCAUUGCCCAUCAUUACUCCUUCUCCUAUAAACCCUACGUGCAAGAGGCAGAGGAAGGCUCGUGCUUCGACUCCUUCCUCGCCAUGUGGGAUGUGUCAGAUAUCAGAGAUGAUAUUUCUGAACAAGUGAGACGUGUCGGGAGAACAAUGCGAGGUUAUCCCCCCAAUAAAAUGUUCCCCGAAGACCCAGAGCAUACUGAACACACAAGUCUGCUCUCCUCAUCGCCACGUGACGCAGGUUCUCCAGGUUCAAAGUCAUCCUCACCCCUGGGCCAGUAUCAGGGCUUUGGACACACAAUUAUCCCCCCCAAUGCAGCUGCUGCAUCCAAGCUGUGUGAAGUCAUGAUUGACAUCCCAGAAGAGCAGGGCCCUCCUGACGAUGCAGGCCAAUAUCCAGACCUGGAAGACAGUUUCUUCACAGGACACGCUCUCUGCAGACCAGCUGUCUGAAGACGCCAUGAAUGACAUCCCAGAUGAGCAGAAGAAGCUCCUUGACACAGCAGACUCCUAGAGAGCUGCCACAGUUCAGAAUAUUGGACAAUUUCAAAGAUAGGCAAAGCCAGAUGUAACUACUAUAUAAUAUACACAUAUAUAAUAUUAAUACAUAUAUGUUAGUAUAUAUAUUUGUAUAUGUUUUAUAUAUCACAAAUAAUGUUUAAAUUUCCUAGGCUUUGGCUUUCUUAAACUGUUAAGGUAUCAUAUAUUCAAACAGUAGGUAACAACUUCAGCUGAGUGCUCUUGCAUUUCUCAAGAGGAUGGACAUUUGAAAAAAAAAAUCAAACUAUCAGUGCUUCUUACCACUGCAUGAAUGAAAUGCUCUGGACUGAAAAUGUAAAUAUAAAAUUCAGAUUAAUUUAAUUUAAUCAUAAUCAUGUGCCACUUAAGUUUACAUAAUUAUACUACAAUUACAUGUCUUUCAAUAAAUCUAGUACUGUUUUCUGAAA